AAUAAUCUGAGAAUGCUGCAGUUCUAUAAAUCUAGAGAAAAUCAAAACUCAAAAGUGCACAUUCCAUCAUUUCUUGAUAGUCUUCUAGAUGAUUUACGAUUUCUUCGUUGGGAUGCCUUCCCUCAAAGAUCUUUGCCGCUGGAUUUUUCUCUGGAAAAUCUUGUUCAACUUGACAUGCGUGACACUCAAAUUGAACUACUUUGGGAGAGAGAUCAGCAUUUACCGAAUUUGAAAAAGCUUGACCUUAGUGGUUCUCGAAAACUGAUUCGAAUACCAGACCUAUCUAGAUGUCCAAAUAUUAAAGAAGCAAUUCUUAGUCAUUGCAGAGAGUUGGUUCAAGUUUACACGUCUGGUUUUCUCAGAAGGCUAAAAUGUUUAUGGUUAAAUGGCUGUGUUGGGCUUAUGAGUUUAAACAUUCCUAGCAAUAUUCUCUCGAGGUCUUCAGGAUUAAUAGUUUUGUAUAAUUGUUGCAACCUUGAGAUGUUUUCGGUCAAUAGUCCAAACGAGGGGGUACUAUCAAAUGUUUGUUCACGCACUAGACCACGGGGGGACAUAUUUAGAUACAUUUUGCCUGAGGAUAUACAAUACUGUCUCGACAAACAACCUGGGUCCAUAUUUGAGAAAUUCUCGGAUACUUUUGAGCCGCUCGCCUGUGAUGUGUUAAAAAAAACUUACUAUUCCAAAGGAUAAUAUACACUUACUAAACUUAUAAGUGUUGAGAGAAGG